GGCAGCUGGGGAGAUUAGAGUGGAGAGAACACUGACACACUCCGACUCUUCCUCACAGUGACACAGCCAGCCAGGACAGGUUCUGGUUCAGAUGGGACUAGACCCUCAUUUUCACAACUAGACAAAAGUAAAACCUCUCUGGCUUCUUUUAUUGGACUUAUGUCUUUGGAUCUCCAGCUACCUCACGGUGAAGCUCAGCAUUUUGUGGACUCGUUAACGUUUUGGGGUCUACACAAGGUCAUAUGCGACUCAAGAGCUGUUCUGUCUGUGUAGGUUCACACUGAUUCUGACUGGUCUGAGCUUUUUCACGCCUUGGCCAUGAGCUGCUUUGGGUACAGACGAGAGCUGAGUAAGUACGAAGACGUCGAUGAGGAUGAGCUUUUGGCCUCUCUCAGCCCCGAGGAGCUGGCUGAGUUGGAAAAGGAGCUGGUGGACAUUGAUCCUGAUGCCAACGUGCCCAUAGGACUCAGACAGAGAGACCAGACGGACAAGACCCCGACGGGCACCUUCAGCAGAGAGGCCCUCAUGAAGUACUGGGAAACUGAGACACAGAGAUUGCUGGAGGACGAGAUAGGUGGAGGGAGCCCAAAACUGGAUGAAGAACAAGAGGAGUGUGUAACAGAGGAAAGCAGUGAAGCAGAGGACGAGAAAGAUGAUGAAAAUGAGAAAGAAUCAAACAAGUGUGAAAGGAAGGAGGAAGAGGAAGAAGAAGAAGAAAGUGAGGAUGAAGCGGAAGAAGAAGAAGAGGAGGAGGAAGAAGAGGAUAUUGAGGAGGAGGAGGAACCUAUAACAGAGGAGGAGGAUGAGGAUGAGGAUGAGGAGGAAGAGCAAAAUCCCAAAUCAACACCCCAACCUUCAAAUAAUUGUGGAAUAUUACAAGCAGACACCCCGAAACUUCUAAAACCGCAGAGGGUGGAGCCUAUUAGACUGACUCCUCCCCCUCCAGCUGUUGACAGCAACGCGACCGGAAAUCCAAUUGUUGUCGACGACGCUCUCCAGCGAGUUCUUAAUGACGACCCAGAACUCACAGAGGUUAAUCUUAACAAUAUCGACGACAUCUCGCAGGAAACCCUAAGCCGAUUUGCUGAAGCACUGAGGUCCAACACACAUGUUCGGGUCUUUAGUCUGGCGAACACCCGAGCUGACGACCCCGUGGCUCUGGCCGUUGCUAAGAUGUUGAGGGAGAACUCGUCCAUCAUCAGUCUGAAUAUAGAGUCCAACUAUGUGACUGGAAAGGGUGUAAUGGCUCUGGUUCAAGCACUUCCAGGAAACCAAACACUGACUGAGCUUCGAUUUCACAACCAGAGACACAUGUGUGGAGCACAGGUAGAGAUGGAGAUGGUUAAGAUUCUGAGGGAAAACCACACCCUGAUCAAGUUAGGCUACCAAUUCAACCUCCCUGGUCCCAGGAUGAGCAUGACAGGGAUCCUUACCAGGAACCAGGAUCGCCAGAGGCAGAAACGGAUGCAGGAGCAGAGGCAACAGCAGCAGCUUCUGGGCCAACAAGGAGCAACAGAGGGACCUGGCAACCCCAGAACCACUGCACUGCGAGGAACACCAAGCCCAUCACCUUACAAUUCACCCAGAGCCUCUCCUUGGUCCUCACCUAAACUCCCCCGGAGUGAUGCGCAUAAAAAGCAAACGCCUCCUGCUCCACCUCCACCUCCUCCUCCACCACCACCUCCUCCGCCACCUCCACCACCACCCCUGCCCCCUCCACAGCAGGAGAAGAAGAAGCCCACCAGGAUGAUUGCAGAAGUCAUCAAGGCACACGAGGCCGGUGGCAAGAAGACAACGAAGACAAAAGGGAAGAAGGGCAAGAAGGUCAGGGAGAAGGAUUUGCGGAAAGAUGAAACGAGUGGCAUCCUGAAGGAGCUCAAGAACGCACUGAGGCCCGUGUCGGUGGAGCGGAGAGGGGAGGAGAGUAGCCGGCCAUCCACGCCAUUGAGAUCAUGCCAUGACCAGCUGAUGGAGUCCAUCCGCAACAGCAGUGUCCGCAGCCUUAGACGGGUGGACGUCCCGCAUCAUCUACGAUGAUACAAGAGGUCCAUGACGCGCUGAGACGUCCGAGGAGGCACAGUUUUAUUUCUUACUCAUUAAAAACAUAUACUGGAAAUUUGCACUGCAGUAAUAGCUUUACACUGUAUUGAUUUUUUUUUUUUUAAAUUGAGAAAACUGUAUUAUGAAAUGAGUUGAAUUCAGUGUUUUUUUCUGUCAAAUUGUAAAUAUGAUCUGUUGUUGGUUGGAUUACAUUAAUGUCUACAUAUAAAUAUAGACUUUUGGUGUUUCCUGCACCACUUACUAUGUUUUCCUUUUGUCUGUCCACUCUGGUGUAAAUUUUGACACGGUUGCAACGGUUGCAACACAACAACGGGGCACUCACCACUGGAGGGACACUUACAUCAUUACGGGAUCUAAUCAGAGAUUAUGAGUAGUAGCUGCUACUGGGUCAGUGGAAUUGUUUAUUUUUCCAAAUACCAUGUGAGGUUCUUGGUCGAGAGAGACAGAUUAGAUAAAAGAAAAGGUAGACAUAAACAGGUCGGGAUGUGAGGGGGUGGAUUAAGGUUGGAAGUGUGGAAGAAGCGAUCGGCCUAAUCCUGCAUCUGCAUUUGUUAAUGGAAGUGCUUUCUCACUCCUACAUCCAACGGUGCAGCAGUUCACAGGCGAAAAAAGGCAGUGACUCCAGGUUGGCAAC